AUUUGUCCGGACAAGCUGUUUGUCCUCUGAAGUCGUUUCUGAUCCCUGAAUGGUUGACUAAGCCUUCCCUCCUUAGUAAUCAAGGAUCGUCUCCAGGCCUUGGACAAGAACGUUUACGCGAAACACUGCAUGAAGGUUGA